AUGCAUCAAAAUCCCCAUGUUGGUUUAAUGUAGGAGAAAUUUUUUUUUCUAUUAACGCUCUUCACAAUGAAAUUAUUACCAAUUUUGGCAGCUUCUAUUGCCUUAGCUUCAGCAACCGAUCUUUCCCAACACAAGGCCCUCUUGAAACUAGUACAAAGAGAAGAUGCCUGUACUGGAAGUUGUGUUGAUGCUCAAAACCAGAUGAAUCAAUGUCAAGCUAACGAUUCUAACGUGGGGACUCAAAGUGUUCUUCAAUGCAUCUGUAAUCUUGAUGAUGCCUUCUACCAGAAGUUGAGUGAUUGUGCCAAAAAUUGUGGACUGCAAACUAAUGAUGUUGAUCCUGCAACUUUGAGGAAGUUGUACUGUAUGCAAGUUGGACAAGCUGCAGCUAGUGCUGGUGCUCUGUCCGCAGCUGAUGCUCUGUCUGCUGCUGCUGCUGCUGCUACCACUGGUGCAGCUGCUGCUACUGAAACUGUUGUUGUUGCCAACACUGAACUGAAUGCAGCAACUGAAACUGCAAAUGCUGCUGCUACUGCUUCUUCUAAUGCCAAUGGUAGUGGUGCCUCUACUGAAUCAGGUGCCAAUGGUGCUUCCAGUAGUGCCCCCUCAACUGAAACAGCUGCUGGUGCUUCCUCGAGUGAGUCUAGCUCUAGCUCUAGUGCUAGUUCUAGUGCUUCUUCUAGUGGAAAGGGUUCCAAUGGUAGUUCUUCUUCUACUGGAAGUGGCAAGACUGCUUCUGGAACUAGCAAUGGUGAAUCAUCCAAGACUAAAUCUGACGAAAAGGAAACCACUACAGCCACCGAAUCUAGUGCAAAGAGUUCUGGAACAAGCAGUUCAUCCUCCAACUCUGGUUCAAAGGGUGCCCAAACCACUACUACUGUUACAGAUGAAAACAAGUCUUCUUCAUCCUCUAAGGGCGAAAAGAGUGCUACUACUUCAAGUGGUUCUGCUAGUUCCCUGGACCACGAUCAUUCCGAAACUACCACUGGAAAGGGAGUCACUGUUACUGAAACUGCUUCCAAGGGUCACAAUUCCACCAGUACUGAGUCUACUUCUACUGAAACUAAAACUAAGAAUGGCGCUCAAACUUUGGGUAUUUCUUUGAUUUCAUUACUUGCAGUUGCUUUACUUUAA